GGCGGGAUCACCACUUACGACUAGGCUUACGUAAAACCGCACAUGCGCAGUCUCGACCCUUAAACAGCCCUUUCUAUGCUAAGCGUUGAACGACUAGCAUCAAACGAGCAUCAAGAUGCAGCUCUUCUUGCGUGCCCAGAACACUCACACCCUUGAGGUGACCGGACAGGAGACUGUUGGACAGAUCAAGGCCCAUGUCCAGGCUCUGGAGGGUCUCCUGGUUGAAGAUCAGGUGCUUUUGCUUGCUGGCUGCCCACUGGAGGAUGAUGCCUCCCUGGCAUCCUGCGGUGUCUCAGAGCACUGCACCCUGGAGGUAGCUGGCAGGCUUCUGGGAGGUAAGGUUCACGGCUCCCUGGCCCGUGCCGGAAAGGUGAGGGGACAGACACCCAAGGUUGACAAGCAGGAGAAAAAGAAAAAGAAGACUGGCCGUGCUAAGCGUCGCAUCCAGUACAACCGGCGCUUCGUGAACGUUGUGCCCACCUUUGGAAAGAAGAAGGGGCCCAACGCCAACUCCUAAGUGUUUCAAUGCCCUUAAGGAGAAAUAUGGUCACCACCCAUUAUUUUCUACCAAGUUGAAUGAUAUCCUGCUGUACAGAAUAAAAAUUGACUUGGAUGAGA